CUCAAAGACGCCUCACUUUACUUCUACUACGACUCCAACGCCAAGACAUCACUCGGUGUAUUCUUCCUCCACGGCUAUAGAGUACAGUCGUGUGUAUUGAUCGCUAAGAAGAACACAUUCGAAGCCAUACCCCCGGAGUCCAAGUGUAGGCACCUGUGGUUUAUGGCCGAGUCGGACGUCGACAAAAAGAGAUGGCUGGCGGCACUCGAGUACUCCAUCGACCGUUGGAUUAGACUCUGAUAUCCGUUGGAAAGUCAAGAAUAUUCUUGAACUCGAAUUAUAUAUUAUAU